AUGGAUCCUAACGGCACUUUAUCUCGACCUCUUGAUGAGUCUCUGUAUCGCGAACUUCCACAGCUCCAAAGUCUCCGCAUUGCUCCUCUCCGACAGCCUGUCUCUUCCCGUCUGCUGAGCGCUCCAUCACCUCUUGAACCGAAUGCCACUGGAAUUGGUGAUUCAAAUGCGAGCACCAAAUCCAAUACGCCUGGAGCGAAUCAGCCCGCCAAUCUCCCCACUCUUACGGAGUUCUUGAACGCUGCCCAGUCGAAGAAGAACGGUCAUGCGGUGGACACGCUUCUGAGCUUGGAGCCUCCUCCAAAAACCAUAUUGCCAGCUUUUGUUAACUUACGAGCUUUGGAACGAUUCCCGUAUUCCUCGUUUGACGAUGACUCUCUGGCUCGCAAGCGUCGCCGUUUAGAUGUUCAGACAGAUUCCUUCGGAGAACAUUUGCAGCUUCCGAUCCCUCAGGCACAGAAAGGACAUCGACCUCCGCCAUUUGGACCUUUUGCAAUUCUCAAUGGACUGAAUGAACCGCCCCCCAACGCUGCUCUCCUGCCUCCUAUCGAACCUGGCUCCAUCACGCAACUGCUCACCAAACCAUCCCGGGAUGUCGCUGUUGUUGAGUCCGUUACAUUGACUGCUACCACGACGACGGUUACUCAGACUGCUGAACGAAGGGAAGGGAGAAUCGAGGAUAUCCUUGACUCCCCCAUCGAUGACAAGACCGCCAGUGCUGACCAGGAUCCUGUGGAAGCAAACCCUUUGGUGAACGGGGCGACCGUUGAUCGACCCGGGGGCGACAGUGACAAGUCCGAAUCCGAUAAGACUCCUACUCCACCUGCGGAUGAUGUCGAGCCACUUUCUCCAAAGACAAGGGGCCGCUCCCGUAAGAACGUUCGCAAAUGGACUGAGGAGGAGACGACAGCAUUACUUCGCGGGGUGGUCAAGUGCGGUAUCGGUAACUGGACAGCUAUCUUGGCGCAGCCAGAACUGAAAUUCAACAAACGAAGUGCUUCAAAUUUGAAAGACAGGUUUCGGGUUUGUUGUCCCUGGGCAUAUCGCGCUGCCGAUCCGAACGAGGCCACAAAGCAGUUGCACGAUACGUUGGCCAAUGCACUCCUCAGAGCUGAGACGGAAGGUUCCGAUGGCACGGCUGGAAAGAUUUUGCUUCCACAACCAAGACCGAGCAAUUCGGAGUCUCAUACUUCCAAUGGGGGCUCAAUGGCCAAUGUGAACGAGUCAGCCUCCACCGGCUCGUCCUCGGAAGCCGAUACCAAAACUCCAAAGUCCCGCUCGAAAUACGGGCCAUCUUUCAAAACCACACCUACUCUUUCAAAUAGAUCUAAAUCCACUCUUGCUUCUCUCGGCAUUCCUGAACCACACUUUGCCAUGAAAUCCCGGCGUCGCUCCCGCCGCCCAUUUACCGUCGCUGAAGACGAAGCUCUACUCAAAGGGUAUGCCGUUCACGGAUUCCAGUGGACACUCAUCCAGCAAGAUAAACGCUUGAACCUUAGCCACCGGAAAGCAACUGAUCUUCGGGAUCGAUUCCGAACCAAGUUUCCCCACGCGUAUCGUGACGGGGGCUCCGUCAAUGGUAGAUCACUACAUAGCCAGAGUCAAGGCGUAGGCCUGGCAGAUACAAAAAAAGCACCUCCCUUAAAACCCAAUACACAACCUACUCGACAAUCCACGUCCUCCGCACGAGGCGGUAAAACUGAUUGGGCAGACCAAGUCUCCUUGGGACCUAUUGAUCCUGCCCUUUCUCCGCCUGCUCCUCCACAGGGUUUGCUCGAGGCGGCGGCAAACGCGCCAGCAGGAAGUACAAUUCUGCAUUUCCCGCUGGACGAGAACUCUUCGAAUGCCCCCGGCGUUGACGCAUCCUGGGCGGAUAACACCCUCGCACCGAUGGUCUGGGACGAGCUGGCCUAA